AAGUUGCUUGCCCAAUUGGGACCAACUCUCCCUGAUGGUGGGAAACGCCUGAAGACACAUAUCCAAGUACUACGGGACCAGCUGGUAGCCAUAAAUUUGCAAGCGUCUCUCCUUAAAGGUGAUACAUCUCGGGAAACUUCUACUUCCUCAGCAAGCAUUAUGAAUGGGCAGAUGGGGUCUGUUGUGCAGCCUACCUUCAGGACAUUCACAUUACCAUCAGGAGGUCGCGUUGAAUAUCCAUCCAUGGCCCCAGAUGUCCGCAUGAAGAUGUUUGCUGAGAAACCUGCUGCAAAUCGACUCUAUGGAGGACAUAUGAAUCCAGAGCGUCAGAUGCAGGCACGCAUUGCAACAGAAGAGGUUGUUCAUCGAAUCCACAAGUCUCUUGAAACGUGUCCUCCUGAGCAUACAGAAACACAGGACCCAGCAGGUCUCAAAGUGCACCUCAUGGCACAUCAGAGGGAAGCCUUGACAUGGCUCACUUGGAGGGAGACUCAGGUUCCUCCUGGAGGAAUUCUAGCUGAUGAUAUGGGACUUGGGAAAACACUCACAAUGAUCUCUCUGAUCCUCAAGAGCAAGCUGGAGGAAGAUAAUAAAGCCCAGGCUGAUCAAGAGAAGUGGUUGUCCACAAGUGAAGAAUGCAGAAAUUUGAUUCCAUCUCAAGCAACUCUUGUGGUUGCACCUGCUAGUCUGCUUGGACAAUGGGAAAAAGAAAUUGAGAACAAAGUCAAGAGAGGCCUCUUGGAGACUUGCAUCUUUCAUGGACCAAACAGGGAGACCAGUGCAUUGCAUCUAGCUAAACAUGAUGUUAUUAUCACCACGUAUAUGAUAAUUGAGAAAGAGCUUGGUCCAAAAGCUAAGGCCAUGAGCCUUUUGGGCAGAAUUGCUUGGAAACGUGUGAUUCUGGAUGAGGCUCACCAAGUUCGCAACCCCAAGAGUCAGACAUCCCAGGCUGUUUGCAAGCUAAGGGCUAUGCAUAGAUGGGCAGUCACUGGAACACCUGUCCAAAAUCGAGAGACUGAUCUCUUUUCCCUCCUGCGAUUCUUGCGCUGCUCACCUUUUGAUGAGCAUCAUGUGUGGAAGAUCUGGGUUGAAAACAAGUCUGCUCAGGGAAUGAAGCGACUCAAUUUGCUCACGAAGUCCCUACUCUUACGUCGAACCAAGGACCAAGUCAAUCCCAAGACAGGAGCUCCUCUUGUUGUCCUUCCAGAAAAGAAAAGCUUUUGUCAUAGAAUGAAGUUGCAACCUGAAGAGAAGGUCAUCUAUGACCAUGUCCUCACAUUCUCCCAACAUGCUUUGCGGCAGUAUCUGAUGAAAGACAGCGAAAGAGAGGCUCAGCUUGAAGUUCGAUUUGCAGGAGCUCCUGGUGCAUCUGCUCAACCACAUGGAGGCCCAAAAAUUCCUGGUCAGGAUGGUAUGGAUGUGAAGGCUCACCAUCUACUUGUCCUGCUCUUACGUCUUCGACAAAUUUGUUGCCAUCCUGGACUCAUCAAAUCAAUGCUGGAUUCUGAAAGUCGAGCUGGAGCAGGCAUUGAAGAUGAAGAGGAGGAAGACUUAGACCUCUUGGAGCAGCUUCAAGGUCUCUCUAUUCGAGCAGAUGGAGAGACAGUUGAUGAAGCAGUGACAAAAAAAGUCUUCACUUCAGUUAAUCCAGUGUUCAAUCCAACCAGACGGAGUACCAAGAUCAAAAUGCUGCUGGAGCAAUUGCAAACUACGAGGGACAGUUCAGGCUCUGAGCGAGACAAAAUCGUGGUGGUGUCUCAAUGGACAUCCAUGCUAGAAAUUGUCAAGACCCAUCUACAGGAAGCUGGGUUUCGGGUGCAGGGAAUCACUGGAAUGGUCAACAUAAAGGAACGUGGGAAGAUUGUCGAAGACUUCAAUACCAACCCCCGGGGUGCUGAAGUGCUGCUUCUUUCCCUUGGGGCUGGGGGGGUUGGACUGAACCUUGUGGGAGGGAACCAUUUGUUCCUACUUGAUAUGCAUUGGAAUCCCCAAAUGGAGUCACAGGCUGCUGACCGUAUUUACCGAAUGGGACAGGAGAAAGAUAUCACAGUGCAUAGGUUUCUCUGUGAGGAGACAGUGGAAGAAAGAAUCCUCGAACUCCAACAGAAGAAGCUGAUGUUAGCAGAUAAUGUCCUCAAGGGUGCGAGAAACAAAGCCAACAAGAUUUCCAUUGAGGAUCUGAAAACUCUCUUCAAUAUGGCCUGA